AGAGUCUUUCAGCUUUUAUCUAUCUAGUUAAUUCUCCGAAGUGGCUGGCUGGCUUGUCUAAAUUUGCUUCUUUUUUGAGCACUAGAUUUCUUCUAAUGGGAGAUAAUUGACUUAGCUUACCCAGGUAGCUAUUGUUGAUUUUUCGGAGUUAAUCAUAUUUGUUUUUCCUUAAUUCCUAUAUAAUUCUUCUGUGUAUUGUUUCGGAUCAGAUAAGAUGGUCGUCGCUCCAGCAAACCUUUCAUCUUCACGUCUUCAACAACGUCAGCGUAAAGCUGCUCCUCCAGUUUUAUCAUUUGGUGCUCCACAAAUUCGAGCACCUCGUCGACGAGCAACUCAUCAUCCAAAAGUCGAAUCUGUUUCGUCGACAAACAUGUCAAGGGAUGAUCCGCCGUCUCCUCCUCCAAAUCCACCUCCAAGUCCAUCGAUGCUUAUUGAGCUAGAUGAUGAUGAUUUCAAAAUCUGAGUUGUAAGUUUCCUACGCGAUGAUUCAUAAUGUUGGGAAAUAAAUUAACUUCUUCCCAAGAUGUACCUGCGCUCGAAGCCUAAGUUGGAGUUUUGUCCAGCCACAGAUUGGCUGCAUCUGUUUAGGAGCAGAUUAUUCGCGAUCGGUGACAGGGAAACGGAGUUGAUUUGGGGUCGGUAGGCGAUGACGGCUUGAGGUUUCGGAUUCUGGUUCUUGGAGUAUAGAAUUGCGUUUGGGGGCGUUUUAUAUAUGAAAAUGAAAGGAGGAUUGAUAGAUGAGAGGUCUCGGGUGUUCGAGGUGGGAUCAGAUACAAUGGUGAAUUAUAAUUUCGAAUGCUUCUUCCCUAUCAAGCCACCAUUUUCAACAUCAUAAUUUUCUCCUCUUUUCCACCCUAACCAUUGAUUAAGUAUUUUUUCCCCACCUUCUCCAGGAUACAAUGGUUUUCCAAUGUAGCCUCCUCCUUCCACAUCAGGUCC